AUGUACAUUGAUAACUUGGACUGGUACAUCAAGAUGACCCCUGCCCCGACCUUCAGUCCGACCGCGUCCCCGGCGUCCACUCCGACGAGCAGCCCGACCUCCAGUCUGUCCUCGUCCCCGACGCCCAGUCCGACGCCUUCGCCAACUGAUGCGGCGCAAACCGUGACGGUGGAGUACUUGAUCGCUGCUGGCGGCGGCGGCGGCGGUGCGUCGGGGGGCGGCGGCGGCGCUGUGCUUCAGGGAACAGGUCUGGUCAUAUCUGCCAGUGAGGCGAUCACGUUUGGCACAGGCACAGGCGGCAUCGGAGGCUCGGGGGGUGCUAGCUUUGGAGCGGAGGCAGCGAACGGCGGCGACUCUUCGGUCGGCUCUCUGGUGGCAACCAGCGGUGGGAAGGGUGCAGGGUGCAGUUCCAGGAUUGUCUCCAGCGGGGGCUCGGGCGGUGGAGGUGCGUUUGAUCUGCCGAGUGUUGCUUAUGCGGCUGGGAUGGCGGGAUAA